CCGUAUCCUUUUUUAUCUUUUAUUUUUGUUCAAGUGCUUCACUCACCACACCACUCCAUUUCUUCGACUGAGUUUUCUUCAGACUUCAUUUGUUCAUUUUCUUCGACCAGACCAGACCACUCUUUCUCCAUCUUCGACCACACUUUACUCCAUAUUUCUCCAACUCCCUUCAUUUUUGCGUUCAGAUUUUAGACACUUUCGUCCGCGCCCUCCUUCUUUUCGCCGUCGUCCGCGGAGUUUGGGUUCGGUGCUAAACUUUGGAUUUGUCGAGUCCACCAUCGUCCGCAUCCUUCUUCCUUUUGCCGUUCUGGGUCCUUCGUCCUCAUGCUUGAGUCUAGGUUUGGGUCCGUCAUCCCUGUGUGCUUAAGUUCCCUGCUGGAGAAGCCGUGGUCCGUGCAUCACCCCCUUCAAGUGGGUUCAAAUCUGGAGGUCUGUGUGAGUCCGUGUGCUCGAGUCUGGGUGGGUUCGCUCCUUUAAGUGCAUUGCUCCUUCAAGUGGAUAACUCCUUCACUUUUUACUUUUGUGAAAUCUUGUUUAACUGCAUAUUUUGUGAUCUGGAUAGCUCCUCCUCCUUCGAUGAUUCCGCAACCCAUUGUCGUGUCUCCUCCUUGUUCUAGACAGUGAUUCAGGCUCCUCUUCCUUGUUCUAACAUCUUGUCUGCGUCACCAAUUGUGUGCUCUAGAUCUGAAGCUCAUCACCGUUCCUAUUUCACCCACAUUUGAAAUUUGCUUUAACUUUUAGGCUCUGAGCUAGCUACCUCAAUCUUUGCCUUUAAUCUAGAAGAGAAAAAGGCCGUGAAUUACGUUGAGGAUUGGAUCUAUUUUCUUUACUGAUUUGAUCUAGGAAUUUUCAUAUGCUUCUAAUGCUCAGGAACUCACUGAAGUCUUGGGGCGCAUAUAUCAAAGGUUUCAUCUCUUUCCUUUGCCUUGACAUGUUCUUCAUGGAGUGGAUUUUGCUUGUGAAAUGCAAGAUGUCCUUGAUUUUUACACUCAUAUGCUGUAUUCAAUGUCUUGACUGCAGAGCUAGAAUUAUUGCUACCUAACUAACAACUAUGCUGUUUUACUUUUUGAUAAGAAGUUGAUACAUGCAUUUAGUGGGUCAAUUUGGUUAUUUUGCACUAGUAAUUUACUUUAUAAUUAUACAUAUUUGGCAAACUUGCGCCAAGCAUUCAAUAAGUAAAACUUUGAUUUUCCUUGUUUUGGGAAUAAGGGAUGCAUAUGAUUAUGUAGAUUACUAAAGUUCUGGGUGCUAUUGAUUAUUGAUUUUCGCUUGAAGUUAAUUAACUCUGGUUCAUAUCUAUUGGCAAAAUAAUAAAAAAGGAAAUGUGGCUGCUCGGCGUUUAACUGUGUAAUCUGGCCACUGGAUUAGAUUUUUGUUUCUUUCUUAAAGACUUAAUUGUAUAACCAAAAGGUUACAACCAAUAUAUCACAUGACUUUAGUAUUUUUUGUGCUUGUUAUUUCUGAGAGGCAUGAAACUUAGGAUUAGGCCCUGCAUCAUAAUCAAAUCAAGUUGAGAAAACACUUAAAGAAGCUAUGGUUCCUACAGGAAAAGCAAGAGAGGUAAAAUCCAGUUCUACAUGCCACUUGUUGUUCUUGGUUGGUUUUAGAAAAUAUGUCUCCUUAGUCUUGAGAAAAUGUUCCAAGUUUCCAGAUUGAAUUUGGAUGGAAGUUACCCUUGUUUGAAGUUGAAGGAACAGCUUUGGAGCACAUAUUUCAGAGGCUAUAUGCCUACAUAUUUGACAUGGGUGUUGAGGGAAAUUACGUCGUAGAGAUGGAUAGACCAGAGCCAAUCACAAUAUUUAUAGUAAACUUUGACAAGAUAGAAUAUGAUUGGGUACUUUUCAACUAAGUAAGAAUGGUGUUAGAUGCACUUGUUUGUACUAUGAAGCUUCUCAAUUUCCAUGGAUGCUAAAAUGAAUGAAGAAAAUAAGGACAAAAGGCACUAUGUUCUGGUGCACGGAGCUUGGUGCUGGUACAAGCUCAAGCCUCAGCUUCAGUCUUCAGGCAACAAGGUCACAGUCCUGGACUUUGCAGCUUCAGGCAUCAACCCCAAGAGAAUAGAAGAUGUUGGUAAUUUUGCUGAGUAUUCUGAGCCUCUUUUGGAGUUGUUGGAAUCAUUGCCUCCAAGCGAAAAGGUUGUUCUUGUUGGAAACAGUUUUGGAGGGUUGAGUUUAGCACUUGCCAUGGACAAGUUCCCUCACAAGAUAGCACUCGCUGUUUUCGUAGCAGCUUUUGUUCCUGAUACUCAACACCCACCUUCAUGCAUCUUGGACGAGCACGCUGAAAGAAACCAAACUAAUGGCAAUGGAAUGUUGGACAAUGAGUUACCGCCCAGUGGAAGCUUAACAUUAUUCGGACCCAAUUUCUUACGUAAGAAUCUCUAUCAACUCUGCUUCUCUGAGGAUCUUGAACUGGCCAAUACUUUGGUAAGGCCAUGUUCGCUUUUUCUUGAAGAACUGAGGAAGGCCAAGAGCUUCAGCAAAGAGGGAUAUGGGUCAGUUCCGGUUGCUUAUAUUGUGUGCAAAGAGGACUUGGCGAUUCCAGUGGAGUUUCAGAAAUGGAUGGUCCAAAGUGCUUGUAUUCAUGAGAUUGUGGAAAUCACGGAUGCUGAUCAUAUGCCCAUGCUUUCGAACACGUAUCAACUUUGCUUGGAUCUCCUCCACCUUGUUAAUAAGUAUACCUGAUUUCAUUCUUGCCUCCCAGACUUAAUUACCUUGUGUACUUUUUUUUUUGUGUUUUCCUUUUUAUUUUGAUAAAAAAGCAAAUUUACUUUUAAAUUAUAGGUCCAACAGCAUUG